GAUUAACACACACUGACACAUAAAAAGAGGAAGCAGUGGUCUAGGAUCUCAGAAACCACGUGACUGAUGAGGAAGUUAAAUCUUUCCUAUUUACUGUAAGGGAAGAGAGGCUGAUGAGUAGUUUCUGAUCCUUCUCCAAUGUUUCAACGUUUGGAGCUACAGAAACAUGUUACCAUUUGUGCUUUUCUCUACUCUGUUUUCUUUCAUUUUUAUUGAAUCUGAGGCGCAACCCUGGGCCUGCAAUUCCUCUGAUGCAACGCUUUCAUACACCUACUGCGAUAACAUGAAAUACCCUAUUUCACUUAGUACUGAGCCCUGUAUAACACUGAAAGGAACCAAAGGUCUUAUACAUGUUUUCUAUAUUCCAAGGAGAGACUUAAAAAAGUUGUAUCUCAAUAUCUAUUUAUCUGUCAACUCCAUGGAAUUGCCCAAACGCACUGAAGUUAUUUGUAGAGGAUCUGAUGAUGAGUAUUCUUUUUGCAGAGCUCUGAAAGGAGAGACAGUGAAUACAUCUGUGCCAUUUUCCUUCAAGGGAAUACAAUUUCCUAAGGGCCAGUACAAAUGUGUUGUAGAAGCCAUUGCUGGGGAUCCUGAAGAAAAGCUUUUUUGUUUGAAUUUUACCAUCAUACAUUGUCAUAAUAAAAAUAAAUUGAGCUAA